GUAGAUUCUUAUUGGCUAAGGAUUUGCACCGAACAUUCCUUCUUUGAAGUCAUAAGAAAAAUUAAUCAAAUACCUAUUUAGGAUUGUUAUAGGAUAACAGUAGUAUAUUGAAAUUACUUUUCAAUGUUGUUAAUUUCACAAUCUAUUCCAUUGUUAUCAUUGACUUAUAAACUGUCUUGAUUGGUUUAAUAUACUUCGUAUAUACUUAUAAAUCUAUUAUAACAAUAUAAAUUAAAACUUGUUGUCAUUCAAUUGAAAUGGAUUCAUUAUAUACUAAUGAGAUAGGAUUUAUUAAACUUAAUAAAACAUGUAUAUUAUGGAUUGUAUUAUUAAUUUUUAAUAAAUUUACUCAUUUAUCAUAUAUUGGAUGUAAUGCAUUUCAAAGUCAUUUAAUUUAUUGGGAUCCAGAUAAUAUUAUAUUUCAAACAAAACCUGUACCACUUCUUCGAGUGAAACCGAAAGAUGAAAUUAUUUUUGUUUGUGCCCAAGAAUCACUUUACAUAUUAUGGACUUAUGAAUUCAAAGUACUUGAAUCAUGUUCAAUGUGGUUAAAUGAUAAUCUAAUGGUCAAUCUAUUAUUAAAAUGUCCUGAUAAAUCAAAUCGAAAAUUACAAAUGCGUCGUCAAAGUACUACAAACAUUUCAAAAGAUAAAUUGAACUUAAAAACUCCCCAAAAUUUAGUCAUUAAAAAUUAUUCAAAUUUAAUAGGGAAUAAUUCGACUGCUCAAAAUAACUAUAUAAAAUUAAAAAAAUCUUCUGAACGUUCUACAAAAAGAUUCAAUAAACGAUCGUCGUCAUCAUCAACAUCAUCAUCUUUGAAGUCAUUCAUUUCACAUUCUCCAUUAAUUGACCGUAAAAAGCAUCCAUCACAAUUUACGUUAUUAGUAGAAGAAUUUGCAUGGGCUAAUGGAAAUCCAAGUUUUCCUGUUAAUCGUCCAGUUUAUUUUCUUGCUCAACCUAGUGUCUGCCAUUCAAGAAACAUGAGAUUGGGAAUCGUGAACGGGGAUUUUACUGGAUUGCUAUAUCCAUAUGUUAAUCGAUUUCAAGCAUUUUGGUUCACAAAUAAUUCUGGUCUUAUCCCAUCACUCAAACGAAAUUCAUCAUUUUUAUCAAAUUCAGAUCUAAAUAAUUAUGAUCAAAGUAUACAAAAGAAUAUUAUACCAAAUAACAAGCAUAGUUUAUGCUCAACUACUUCAACCACAUCAUCAUCAUCAUCAGUAUCUUUGUCUAUUGUAAAUGGUUACUUUAUUAUUCCAAUCAUAAUAUUUUACAUUUGUUUAAAAUAAAUGGAAUUGUACAUUUA